ACUCCCACUGGAACUCUCUCGUUUUCUUUCUCAUUAUCCUACAUCGUUAUUACCCCUUUUCAUUUUUCCUGGAAAAUUAAUCGCGUUAUUUGGAUUGGGAUGACGGUUAUUUAAAAAACGGUUACGUUAAUUAGACAAAUGCCAAAAUCGUAGCGGAGGCUAGGGUUAGGACUCUCCCGUUUCUUUCAUUUACCCUCGUUAUUUUGUCUAGAAAAAUAAUUUUUAUUCUUUGCCCCUUUCGGUUCAAACUCUAGCGUUUGGGAACUUAUAAUUGAAAAUUUAAUCCAGGAUUCUCAAUCUUACUCCAAAUUUAUUGUUAUUUUAGAGUUAUUUUCCUGAUUGAACUGCUUUAUGAGAGUUUGCUAUUAUCUUGGAUCCUUUAUUUUCAUUUAUUGGAAAUUAUGAGGGUCAUUUGAAGCCAGAAAAUCAGCAAUAUUCAAACCAAUCUUUUAACCAAAGAUGGUGAUAAAGGGAUAGAGCUAACCAAAAUAUAAAAUCCUUAUUUUAAUGGUUUCACGCUUAAAAUUCUGUUCCUUUUGAUCAAACAAUUCCUUCUCUUCCAUUUGUUGAACAUCCCAUUAAAUCCUUGAAGUUACUGAAAACCUUGGUUUAGUUGAGUUGAAUGACUAGCGACAGGGUUAAGAGUUUGUGAUUUGUCUAUGAAUAUAAAUUAAUUUGUUGGGUUAGGGUUUGAAGAAGGUUCCCCCCCCCCCGAUUAUCAUGUGCAGUGUCCAUUAUGGAAAGAAGUGAACCAGAAUUAGUUCCUGAAUGGUUGAGAAGUACUGGCAAUGUUAGCGGGGGUGGCAAUUCAGCCCACCACUCCGCUUCCUCCUCUUCUCUCUCAGAUGUUUCUUCAUCGGUGCAUCGUGGGAGAAGUAGAAUCUCUAGGAAUAUUAGUGAUUUUGAUUCCCCUAGUUUUGCAUUUUUGAAUCGGGCAUCUUCGUUGAAUUCACGGAGGAGUUCUAAUAAUGGUUCUUCAAGGCAUGCUUAUAGUAGUUUUAGUAGGAGUCAUCGUGAUAAGGAUCGAGAAUGGGAUAAGGAGAGGUUAAGCUUUGGUGUUCGUUGGGACAGUGAUUCUUCUGACCCUUUAGAAAGUAUUUUAACGAGUAGUGUUGAGAAAUUAGGAGGUAUCUCGACCUCUAAGGUGGAGACAGAUACAUUUAGGCAGUCUCAUUCUAUGGUCUCUAGGAAACAGGCUGAGACUUUCCCUCAAAGGACUGCAGUGGACUCAAGAGACAGUGGUAAUAGUAACAAUAACAAUGGCAAUGGUCUGGUUUCUGGGGGUGCUAUUGGGAGUAGCAUCCAGAAGGCUGCAUUUCGGAAAGAUUUUCCCUCUCUUGGAACAGAAGAGAUGCAAUCGGUGCCUGAGAUUGCUAGAGUUUCAUCUCCUGGUUUAAGCUCAGUUUCUCAGUGUUUAUCCGUUGGCAAUUCAGCUUUGAUUGAUGCGGAAGGAUGGACCUCAACUUUGGCAGAAUCACCUACUGUGGUUGGAAGUUGUAGCACAGGUUCCUUGCCUGUCCCCCUAGCUGUUUCCACCCCAGUUUCUGGGGCUCCAAGUGUCACAUCUGCUCCUAAUAUGGCAGUAGCACUAGCUCAAGCCCCUUCACGAGCACGUGCUGCUUCCCAGUUAUCUGUCAAUACUCAAAGGCUUGAGGAUCUGGCCAUUAAGCAAUCAAGGCAACUAAUACCAGUGACACCUUCAAUGCCUAAGGGUUCGGUUCUCAAUUCAGUGGAUAAAUCAAAAGCCAAACCAGCAUCAAGAACAAGUGAUGUGAAUAUGGCUGUGAAGAGUGGGCAGCAGCAGCCUUCUUUUAUUCAUAAUGGUAAUCAAUCUCCUCAUAGUACACAUUUCAAGUCUGAUAUGCAGAAGACAUCCGGUAAGCUUUUGGUUCUCAAACCAGGAUGGGAGAAUGGGGGCUCAUCACCUACUAAAAAAGAGACUUCCAUUCCAACAACAACUGCAAACAGCAGAGUUAUUACUAGCCAAAGUGUCAUUUCUCCUAUUUCAUCGGCUGCCGCAAGAAACUCAAGUAACUCAAAGCUUUCUGUCGGGGAGCCCAAGGUAGCUUCCUUGGAUCCAAUAGCUGGGUUCAAUUCGGAAAAGAGGCCUUCUUUGGCUCAAACUCAGAGCCGAAAUGAUUUUUUUAAUCUCCUGAAGAAAAAGACCCCAUCAAACUCUUCUGCUGGUCUCUCAGAUUCAGACACUCAUAUUUCAUGUUCUACCACAGUGGAAUCUGAUGUUACAAAGGAAAUAGUCGGUGCUUCUGUGACAGCUCAUGCUAAUAAGAAAGGUUCUGCAGCAACUAGCAAUGAUGAUGUCUGUCAAGAGCCUCAAAGAUUUUCUAAUGAUGACAAAAAGGAUUUUAGCUCCACUGCUAUGGUUCAUUCAGAUGAAGAAGAGAUUGCAUUCCUUCGGUCUCUUGGCUGGGAAGAAAACUCCACCGAUGAUGAAGGCCUUACAGAGGAGGAGAUCAAUGAUUUUUACCGGGAGUUUUUGCAGUAUAUGAAACUAAGGUCGUCAAUGGAACUCUGCAAUGGCAUUCUGUCAAAGCUGGCUGAAUCUCUCGCGACCAAGUUGAAUGGAGCUUCUUCUGAAUCAAUCCCACCUGACUCCAGAUCAGAAUCUUGAUUACUUUUAUGUCCUUGCACAGUAAAACCCAAAGACAUUCCAAUUUUUUUAAUUGCAGAUGAUUAGGUCCCCGUUCUGUCUCACGUUAUCUCUCUUUUGAUGUCUUCUGUUGGAAAGAAAGUUGAUAAGUUUGGCAGGGAAGGGGUAGAGUUUUGUUUAUUCUUUCGAAGGUUUGUUGGUUAGAGGAUCGUCCUUUUCUUCCAAGAGGCUU